AUGAAUAUUAUUUUGCAUUACUUUGAUUCCGUAAGCGAGAUUUUAAAACAAUAUUAUAUCAAACCUAAGCCGAAGGAGUCAAAGGGUAAUAGAGAAACUAUCAAAGGGGAGAGAAAGAGAAUAUCAUCUACUGUCCUCAAGAUUCAGCUCCCACAAUUCGGAGCUUUAAGCAAGAUUUUCGAAUCAAAAAUUGUUCUGAAUGUUAAGGAUUAUGGAGCAAAAGGGGAUGGAAUUGAAGAUGAUACACAGGCUUUUGCAGAUGUUUGGAACAAGGCAUGUUCUUCAAAGAUAGAAUCAAGAAUCAUAAUCCCUGAUGAAAGUUCUUAUCUUCUUCGACCAAUCAAUCUCGCCGGUUCUUGCCACUCGAAAAUUACCUUGAUGAUCUUCGGUUCCAUUGUUGCGCCAAGUAAUCCCGAUGUCUGGAAUGGCAACGACACACAUAAAUGGAUAUACUUCCAUGGCGUGGAUCACCUCACAGUAGAAGGGGGAGGAACCAUUAAUGGCAUGGGGCAGGAAUGGUGGGCUAGUUCUUGCAAAAUCAACCCAAAAAACCCUUGCAGACAUGCUCCAACGGCUAUAACCUUUCACAAAUGCAACAAUUUGGUAGUGAAGAAUCUGAUUAUUAGAAAUGGUCAACAAAUGCAAAUGGCAUUCACGAAUUGUGACAGGGUUUCAGUGUCACAUGUGAGUCUUUUUGCUCCUUCAUGGAGCCCUAAUACAGAUGGUAUUCACAUAAGUUCAUCCACUAAUGUUGAAGUCAAAGACAGUGUCAUUAGAACAGGUGAUGACUGCAUAUCUAUAGUCAGUAAUUCCUCAAAAAUUGAUGUGAGGAGGAUUUUCUGUGGUCCAGGCCAUGGAAUAAGUAUUGGGAGCUUGGGAAAGUCAGGCACAUGUGAUCAAGUAUAUGAUGUGAGUGUUCGAGGGGCAAUUUUGUCAAACACUGAAAAUGGAGUCAGGAUCAAAACAUGGCAGGGUGGAAGUGGUUUUGUAAAAAAUGUUAAAUUUGAUGAUAUUUGGAUGCAAAAUGUAUCAAAUCCAAUCAUAAUCGAUCAAUAUUACUGUGAUUCAAACACACCAUGUCCAAACAAGACUUGUGGUAUUAAUGUGGAGAAUAUAUCAUAUGUGAAUAUAAGAGGAACUUCAGCAACUAAAGAAGCCAUAAGAUUUGCAUGUAGUGAUGUUGCCCCUUGUGAAGGGCUAUUUUUGGAAGAUGUUUAUCUUGUAUCAUCUUUUGAUGAUGUCACCACCACCUCUUUUUGUUGGGAAGCCACAGGGACAACUUCAGGGACUAUCUACCCUCCUCUUUGCUACUACUCAAAUUCAGCAACCUUCAUUAAACAUAUUGUUUCAUACAUCCCUAGUCUUCAACCCAUAGAAUCAAUAAUGCUAUAA